UAUGUAAAAAGAUAUAAUACAUAAAAUAAUUUUAAUAUAUAAUGUUCAUCUUAACCUAGUCUCCUAAAAAUGAUACAAGAUAUACAAGAGGCAAUAGAUUUUCUGAAAAAUAUAUAAGGAAAAUAUUUGUCUUAGAGAUCACUUAGAUUUGGAGGCCAUGGUUUAAAACCGGUUAGUUGCAAUAUAAAAAGCAUCUUGACUAUCAACAAUCUAAAAUCAUAGGACUCUCAUGUGUAACUCCAAAAUCAGCUAACGAAAUUUAAAAUCAUUUUAUUUCUUCAACGAUCACGAAAUAUUAUAGGCAAAUUUUAAACCCGAUUAAAAUCAAUUUAUUUCAUAAGAACUAAAACCAUAAUAACACUCACAGCCGGUUUGGUCGUUAAGACAAAAGUACGCAACGACCAAACCAUCAAAUUCAAAGAAACCUAAUUUCAACCGUCAGAUAAAUGUCCGAACUCAACGAGGCUCCAUCUCCAGCUGAUGAAGAAGAAGUAUGGAGCUGGGGCGCAGGCACGGACGGCCAGUUAGGGACUUCCAAGCUGCAAGACGAGCAUCUCCCGCAGCUUCUCUCGCUGACCUCACUUCCUUCCAUCUCGAUGCUCGCAUGCGGCGGCGCUCACGUCAUCGCCUUGACUUCUGGUGGCAAAGUGUUCACAUGGGGAAGAGGAAACUCUGGUCAAUUAGGACAUGGGGACAACCUCAACACUUCAUUGCCAAAGUUACUAUCUUUCUUUGACGACGACUAUUUUAUAUCUCAAGCUUCAGCCGGAUGGAGUCACUCUGCUUUUGUUUCAGAUUCUGGCUCCCUUUUUACAUGUGGGAAUGGCUCGUUUGGUCAGCUUGGUCUUGGUGAUAACAUCUCACUCACCUCUCCAGCUAAAGUCUCUUACUUUGUUGAUAAGAGUGUGAAGAUGGUAGCUUGUGGUAUGCGCCACUCACUUGUCUUGUUCUCAGAGAAUCAAGUGUGUGGAUUCGGAUCUGGAAAACGUGGACAGCUAGGUGUGUCAUCAGAGAGAACAAAAUCAGUAAACCUUCCAUGUGCUGUCUCUGGACUAGAAGAUGUUGAGGUUGUUCGUAUAGCAGCUAAUGGAGAUCACAGUGCAGCGUUAUCUGCUAAUGGAGAGUUGUUCACUUGGGGAAGAGGAUUCUGCGGCAGCCCUGAUGUUCAAACCCCUCAGUGUUUGCCUUCAUAUGAAUCUUUCAGAGAUGUUGCUUUAGGAUGGAAUCAUGCUUUACUGCUAACCGUUGAUGGCAAAGUGUUCAAGCUUGGUAACACCCUUGAUAAACAAUCCGAGAAGCAACAACUGCAAGAAGGUUCAUCUGAAACUCUCUUGGAGAAAGUUCAUGGUUUUGAUGGAGUUAAAGUUGUGCAAAUUGCAGCAGGAGCUGAGCAUUCUGCUGCUGUAACAGAGAGUGGAGAAGUUCAGACAUGGGGAUGGGGUGAACAUGGCCAGCUAGGUCUUGGAGAUACCAAUGAUCAGACCAAUCCUCAACUGGUGAGCUUAGGAAGUGGAGACCUGCAGACUAAAGAGACCAAAGUAUAUUGCGGAAGUGGAUUUACCUAUGUUGUAAGGCGAAAACAAUAGCUUUCUUCUUCACCAACUUCAUCAUAGAAUUGGAUGUAUUAUAGUUUUAACUUGUGUAACAUUAUACAGUGCAAGAACUCCAUUGUUUGCAUGAUUCUCGUCAGAGGAACAUAAUGGGUUUUGUAUCAUUACAGUGAUGGAAAAUUUGAGAUACACAACAGAUUUUUGUUACUU